AUGACCUACAUUCUCUUUUAUUUCCUACUCUUUUCAGUUAUUAUCUGCGGAACAGCGCUAUAUCUCACACGGUCACGAUGGAUGCCAUUAGUUCAAGUGCCUGAUUAUAUCUAUCACCGCCUGCCCUCAAGUUUCACUGCCGAUCUGGAGGCUGGCCUGAGCUCGUCACAAUUCGACAUUACUGCAAAUCUUGCUGAUGGGGAUUCGAGGGCUGGCUUGGAUCAACGAGCAAAGACCGAAGUGAAGAAGAUCAUGAAGAGUCGAAAGGUCAACUUUGAUGAAGCUCGACGGAUCUACACAGAGCAACGAUUCGCAAAGAAUAACAUCGGACCUGACGGCCGGCCCAGGGACCCCAAGUUCGUCUCGUUUUCGUGA